AUGGCACCCGUCCGAGUUUGCUUUCGUGUAGUAUCACAUGUCUGGCGACGUCUACAAGUCAUCUCUACUGCGGUGCGGGAAGAGCUGCCGGACUGUCCGCCGUAUACCCAGCGCCUGCUCGAGUUUGCUUUCGUCUACUGUCACGUGUCCGGCGACGUGUACUGGUCAUUUGUACUGCGUUUCGGGCUGCUGAGGAGUUUGUUCCGUGCGGCGUUUCCAGAGUACGACGUCCUGCUCCAUGCCAACAGACGUGGCCCCGGCCUGACGGUCAGUGUACGCGAGGCACAGCGCUAUCCGCUGGAGGGGCCGGCAGCGUCGCCCCGGCACCGCAUCUGUUGCCAGGGGCCGACGGACUGCGACUUUUCCUUCACAUUGCAGUGCAGAAGUAGCUCUCAAGCGUCAGGUUGUAGCAUAUUUUUUCCCGAGUUCCCUCGGACGGGGAGCGGCUCCAUCGCUAAGGUGCACUGUGCAGUGUGGGCGGGGCCGCUGAAUGAGGUGGGACUAGAAACUGAGGCGGCAGCGACCCAAAGUACACGAUUGUGCGGUGUGCAGCCUCCAAGGGACCCGGCGCCGCUAGCGAAAGACACCUGUAGUGAAGUAGCAGCCACCCUGGACGCAGCAGCCGAGUGCGGAGCGACAGGACAAGAAGUUCGGGAGCCGGCGGCAGCAAGAGGUCCAAAAAUGUCCGGUUGUCGCGAAACAUCACAAGGAGCGGAGCGGCUCACUGAGGGCGCAGCUGACUACGCCGAAGUCUUUGCUCUAUCAGAACGGGUCCACCAAAUAGCUUCACCCAGCCGCUCGACCGGCAACAGCGGCCGGCGACGUAGCAGCAGCAGCGGCUGGAAGGACUGCGACCCCAGCAACGAUGUCGACGCCUGA